AUGGAUGACGAUGAUGCCGACUAUAUGCAAGGAAGUGACGACGAGGACUACGGCUUUGACUAUUCCGAUGGAGACGACGCAGACGAGUCAGGCAACGGAGAUGUUGAAAACAUGUACUACAAAGCCAAAUCGAAGAAGGAGGAAAAUCCAGAGAUGGCGCUGAAAGAAUUUAAAGCCAUUGUCGAUCAGGAGUCGGAGAAAGGAGAUUGGGGCUUUAAAGCACUCAAGCAGUCGACAAAGCUUCUCUUUCUCACAUUACGUCGCCCCAAUGAUGCGCUCCAGACGUACACGCAAUUACUGACUUACACCAAGUCUGCUGUUACGCGCAACUACUCAGAGAGGACAAUAAACGGUAUACUGGACUAUGUAGGUGGCGGUAAAGGUGGACCUGUUGAGGUGGAUGUCUUGGAAAAGUUCUAUCAGGCCACCAAGAAGGCACUGGUAGACGCUAAAAACGAGCGUCUGUCAGCUAAAACGAAUCUGAAACUUGCAAAACUGUGGCUUGAUAGGAAAGAGUACAAUCGCUUGUCGAGGCUCAUUCGUGAUCUACAUAUCGCAACAGGUAACGGAGAUGGUGAGGAUCAGUCUCAGCGGGGUACCCAAUUGCUUGAAAUCUAUGCGCUCGAGAUCCAAAUGUACAAUGAAACCCGCAACUUCAAGAAAUUGAAGGAAAUCUACAAUGCCACCAACAACGUCCGUUCUGCCAUUCCCCAUCCCCGCAUUAUGGGUGUUAUCAAGGAAUGCGGCGGGAAGAUGUGGAUGGGAGAGCGGCAAUGGAAUCGAGCCAGUGAAGAUUUCUUCGAGUCAUUCCGAAAUUACGAUGAAGCUGGAUCUCCCCAAAGGAUACAAGUUCUCAAGUAUCUUGUGCUAGCCAACAUGUUGACGGGCAGUGAAGUUAACCCAUUCGACAGUCAGGAGACGAAGCCAUAUAAGAGCGAUCCUCAGAUCAAGGCAAUGACUGAUUUGGUAGACGCAUACCAACGACGUGAAGUGCAUUCUGCCGAGAAGAUUCUCCGAGACAACCGUUCCACAAUCAUGGAAGACUCGUUCAUUCGGUCGUACAUUGGCGAGCUGCUGCGUAGUUUGCGUACCCAGUAUUUGAUUGAUCUCAUCAAGCCCUAUACGCGCUUGGAGCUGUCAUUCCUGGCCAAGCAACUGAAUGUCGAUACCCAGGAAGUUGAAGAAUUGCUGAUUGGCCUUAUUCUUGAAGGGAAAGUGGAAGGUCGAAUUGAUCAAGUUGGAAUGCGUCUGGAACUGGAUCGCAAUUUAGAAAAGAAGCGUUACACCGCCCUGAAACAAUGGACAGAAACCAUUGAGUCCGUGCACAACGCUGUCAUUGGGAAGACGAGCACAGGCGGCAGAGGUGACGUGGGUAGCUUGGGACCAGAUCCAAUGACUAUUCGAGAUGAACGGUGGUGA